AUGAUGUCACAUUCUAAGGGUUUACUGGUAUUCAUUGCUUCUUUGAUUAUUCUCCUUUUUACUGAUGUUAAAGGUAAUUCAAUUAACAAGGCUGAUAAAGAAAAUUAUGUUAACGCUUUUUAUAGUGAUCCUGAAUUUUCUGCUUUUGUCCCCGUACCAGAACAAUAUAUGAAAAGAAAGCCAUUAAAAAGUAGUGAAAGUAAUUAUUUAUUACGUUUUGGAAGAAGUAAUGAACGACCUGGAGAUUUAGAGAGAUUUCUUCAAAUGGAUGUUCAAAUACCUGUAUUUCGCUUUGGUUAA